UGCGAAUGGCCUCUUCACAAAUUUUGAUCACUUUUCUCAUCGUUCUCUUCCAUUUUCAACACUCAUCAUCAUUCUCCCUCUCGGUCGAAAAACCCCAACAAGACACUAUAGUUUCACCCACAGGCACAUUCACAGCAGGCUUCUACCCUGUUGGAGAAAAUGCUUAUUCCUUCGCCAUAUGGUUCACUCAAAAACAUAAAAACCUCGACAAGGCCACCGUUGUUUGGAUGGCAAAUCGUGAUCAACCAGUUAACGGGAAACGCUCAACACUUUCACUUCUUAAAACCGGCAACCUCGUCUUAACCGACGCAGGAUAUUCCAAUGUUUGGUCCACUAACACUAACUCAUCCAAACUACGUGAGUUGUUUUUGUCCGACACCGGAAAUCUCAUUCUCAGAGAGCGUAGCAAAAAUGAUUUCAUUUUGUGGCAAAGCUUUGAUUUCCCAACAGAUACUCUCCUUCCCGAUCAAAAUUUCACUAGGUAUAUGAACCUUGUUUCCUCCAAAAGCAACAACAAAUAUUCCUCUGGCUUCUACAAGCUUUUUUUCGAUAACGAUAAUCUUCUCCGUUUGCUUUACGACGGCCCAAUAUUUUCAAGUAUUUAUUGGCCAUAUCCUUGGCUUGUGAGUUGGGAGGCUGGUAGAUCCUCAUACAACAAUAGUAGGGUUGCAAAAUUAGAUGUUUUGGGGAAAUUCAGUUCUUCCGAUGAUUUUACUUUGAUGACAAGUGAUUAUGGGACAGUGCUUCAACGAAGAUUGACUCUUGAUUUUGAUGGUAAUGUUCGUGCUUAUAGCCGAAAACAUGGAGACGAGAACUGGUCCAUUUCUGGGCAAUUCCACCAACAACCUUUCAAAAUACAUGGAAUUUGUGGACCUAAUAGCUUUUGCAUUAACAGUCCAGAAAUUGGUAGAAAGUGUUUGUGUCUUCCUGGUUUUAGUAGGAUAGAUGAUGAAGAUUGGUCGCAAGGGUGCAAACCAAACUUCCAACUUUCAUGCAACAACAAAACAAGGUCAGAGACUCGCUUCCAACGCUUACCCCAUGUUCAGUUUUAUGGAUACGACUAUCACAACCAAGCAAAUUAUAGCUACAAACAAUGUAAGCAUUUAUGCUUGAGAAUGUCUCAAUGCAUAGCCUUCCGGUACCGUAUGGUGAGGGACCAGGGUAUGUAUUAUUGCUAUCCCAAGACACAGUUACAAAAUGGGUAUAGUUCACCACAUUUUGGAGGAUCAUUGUACUUGCGAGUGCCAAAGAGAAAACAUGUUUUUUCCCAUGAGAAUGUUAUAAAAAAUGGUAGUUUGGUUUGUUCAAGACAUAAUGGAGUAAAACAACUAAGAAGAUCAUAUGUCAAAGGCAAUGAAAAUGGAUCACUGAAGUUUAUGCUUUGGUUUGCUACUGGCUUGGGAGUUAUUGAGGUACUGUGCUUCUUUAUGGUAGGGUGCUUCUUAUUUAAGAAUAGAAAACACUCUAGUGUAAAUAAUCAUGGGUAUGUUUUUGCAGCAGAAAUAGGGCUUAGGAAAUAUAGUUAUUCGGAAUUAAAACAAGCUACAAAAGGUUUUAGAGAAGAGAUUGGAAAGGGUGCUGGAGGAACUGUUUAUAAGGGUGUUUUAUCGGAUAAUCGAGUUGUUGCGAUAAAGUGUUUACAUGAAACGAAUCAAGGAGAUAGUGAGUUUCUUGCUGAAGUUAGCAUCAUUGGAAGGCUUAACCACAUAAACUUGAUUGAAAUGUGGGGUUAUUGUGCAGAAGGAAAGCAUAGGUUGUUGGUUUAUGAGUACAUGAAAAAUGGCUCUUUAGCUGAAAAUCUCUCAUCAAAUGCACUUGAUUGGGGCAAGAGGUUUAACAUUGCUCUAGGCACUGCAAAGGCUCUUGCUUAUUUGCAUGAAGAAUGUUUAGAGUGGAUUUUGCAUUGUGAUAUAAAGCCACAAAACAUACUCAUUGACUCUGAUUACCAGCCCAAAGUAGCAGAUUUUGGGUUAUCUAAGCUAUUACAAAGAAACAAUGUUGAUAACUCAAGUAUUUCAAGGAUGAGAGGAACAAGAGGUUACAUGGCACCUGAAUGGGUUUUCAACUUGCCUAUCACAUCUAAGGUGGAUGUUUAUAGCUAUGGAGUUGUGGUGUUGGAGAUGAUCACCGGAAAGAAUACAACUACAUCUAUCCAAAUCUCAGAAAAUGGAAUGGAGUCACCUAACGAGAGGUUAGUAACAUGGGUGAGAGAGAAAAGAAAGACAGUUUCAGAAGUUAGAUGUUGGGUUGAGCAAAUAGUUGACCCUUCAUUGGGAUCAAAUUAUGACUUUGUUAAAUUGGAGACUUUGGCAACGGUGGCUUUGAAUUGUGUUGAGGAAGAGAAAGAUGUGAGACCUACCAUGAGUCAAGUUGUUGAAAGGCUCCAAAGUCAUGAACAUGAUUCUUGAUUGUUUCCCCUAUAUAGAUAGAGUGGCCUUAGGAUUAGCUUGUUGUCUAAGAUAAACUUGAUUUUACUUUAAGUUUUAUUGCAAUCUAUAUAAAGGCUUAUACACGUUGUAUUUUCUUUGAAUGAUUUUGAAUAAACAAAAUAGUUACUAAUAUGGCAUGUAAGAAUCUUUCCGACUAGGAAUAGAAAUCGAAAAAUGAAGAAUACAUUCAAAACAUAAAUAAAUAAAUAAAGAUGGAAGGAAUCACCAUAUAUAUGAUUUAGAUUUGCAGGCUGAGUAACCAUCAUGAAUUAAUCAAGCUUUGCAGAGAGUUGUUAAGUUGAGAAUAGUAAAAUAUAAGGAUAAGCAUAUGUUAAAACUAACUACCAUUACACAUAUAUUAUAAGAUUUUGUUUGCGAGUAUGGAGGGAAGGGGAAGUUACUGCUUAGAAACAUCACCAUACACUUACUUUAAGAGAACGGGUCAUGAAACUAGUUUGGGAGGCCCAAGUUCAAACGAGCGACUUUUAGAAAUACUUCGGGCGACCUACUAUCUAGCUUUGGGCCCUCACCUGCGUUACCCUUUUCGGAGCCAGUAAAUUAUCCUAGUCCAAUAUGUAAAGAGAAAUUUUCACUCAAGGUGCUCUAGAUAAGGAGAAAAGCGAGGAGUUGGAUACUUGGAGUAAGAGGUUGAUUCCUUGAAGGAGAAAACCAAAUAGAUUACCACCCUUAAAGAGAUUUGGCCUUCACCAAGAAAUUGUGUGAAGAGUAGGAUAUUUCCAUUGAUUGCUUGAAGCUUGAUGAGGCUGUGAAAAUUUCAGUUCUAACUCUUUUUAGAGAUGAUUUCACAAUAGUGAGACUCUUUGUCAGGUGAAUUUGACAUAGAUAGGCCCCUUUACAGAAUUGUUUGACGUGUAGAUGAUCUUUCUGAGUUAAUUUCUGCAUAAAAAGUAUUAAACCAAUGCAUAGUUAAUGGAUAUCUUGUUAUAGACUCUUGCGUUUGCAAAAGAAAAUCGUUCCACUACUUUUCUUAACAUGAUUAAAUAUAAUAAUGUUCCUCUCAUUAAUAACUCCCAGAGGGGAGAAAAGAGCUUCAUGCUUAUUACUUUUAGAAAAUUAAAUUAACAAAAGUAGAAAUGAGG